CACCAUUUCAACCAAGUUUUCCUCUUCAACUAACAACAUAGUAAUACUACUUUCCUUCCAUUUUAACAACACUCAAAGGUCUGUUUGGCAGUCAUAUUUUUUUUUCCAAAGAUGGGUAUCCGAUCAAUCUCCAUAGCGCAUGCUAAAAAGACACUCCAACGUACUCUUUCACCAAGGAAUGGAACAGUUUCUGCUACCUCUGAUGUUCCAAAAGGUCACCUUGCAGUUUAUGUUGGAGAAAAUUAUGUUAAACGGUUUGUCAUACCGAUAUCUUAUUUGAACCAUUCUUUGUUCCAAGAUUUGUUACAUUGGGCCGAGGAAGAGUUCGGAUUUCAUCAUCCAAUGGGAGGUCUGACAAUCCCUUGCAGUGAAGAUUACUUCAUUAGCCUUAUUUCUCUGUUGAAUUCUUCAUAAAUGUUGGUGGCUCAUUCUUUUUGGCAUUGAAUUUUUUUUUUAAUCACUUUAGAAGGCUGUAAUCUGAGACUGUCAAAGUUAAUCUCUUUCAAUUUUGUUAUUUGGGCUAUUUGCAAGUUUACAUCAUGUAAUUGCUUUAAAUUUGCAAUUUGUAAAUGAAUUGUUUGAUAUAUAGUUUUUUUU